CGCUCGCGAAGUUUGCCUCUAAAACCCUAGAUUCUUCCAGUCUCUCCAAAACCCUAGCUGCUCAUCACUUCUUCAACUUCAGGCGGAGAUGACGUUGGAAACAGUAAACCCCAAGGCGUACCCGCUUGCGGAUGCUCAGUUGACGAUCACGAUUCUCGAUCUUGUUCAGCCGAUACAUUGUUACUCGGAAGCUCUGAGAGCCCCUGCUUGGCAUUUGACUCCACCGACCUGUCGUGAUAUGAAUAUGAUCAGCAAACAUUAUACAAGUGUUUCGGCCUGUUGUGAUUGUAGACGAGAUUGUUCUUCGUUGAUUCUGUUUUGUUUAUUUGGGGUCUUUGGGUUUUCAGCUACGAAGACAUUGAACCGUGGGAUUUCUGAGUUUGUGGUGAUGGCUGCUGAUACAGAGCCUCUCGAGAUUCUGCUUCAUCUUCCAUUGCUUGCUGAGGACAAGAAUGUGCCGUAUGUGUUUGUACCGUCGAAACAAGCACUUGGAAGGGCAUGCGGUGUGACAAGACCGGUGAUUGCUUGCUCGGUUACAUCAAACGAAGCUAGCCAGUUGAAGUCACAAAUUCAGCAGCUCAAGGAUGCCAUAGAGAAGCUUCUGAUAUGAGAUUAUGAAUGGUCGGUAUGAUGGGUCUCCUGAUGAUGGAAGGCUUUGACUGAAGUCUGUUGUGAAAGUAGCAAAUGAAAACUCUCUCCCACAUUUUUCUGUUGUUCCUCGAAAGAUAUUGUAGUGUGACUUUUUUCCCCCUUUUAAACACUGCAACUAAAGUCUUGAGUUCGGUGGUUUGGUUUUGUGGUGAAAUAUCAUUGCGUUGCUUUUAAGAUGGUACUUUAGCUUC